AUGACGGAGACGAACGAUGCUGCUGUGAACAUCGCGCCCUUCGAAGGGCCUGAAAAGCUUCUCGAGAUCUGGUUCGCGCCAUCGCCAGCUCAUGUCCCUGGCGCUUCCACGGCGGAGCGCGGUCGCAUUGGCCUUCGCAGCGUACCACGCUCGGUCUGGGAGGAUAUGCUGGCCAUUGUGAAAUGCCAAGUAUUGAGCAUGGUGGAGGGUGAAGACAUGGAUGCGUACUUGCUCAGCGAGUCUUCGCUGUUCAUUUCGCCUCACCGCCUCAUCUUGAAAACCUGCGGGACAACGUUAAACUUGUUCGGGCUCCCGCGCAUACUCGAGAUUGCACGAGACGCGGGCUUCCCCAGCGUCCAUCGGUGCUUCUACUCCAGGAAGUCUUUCUUCUUCCCGGAGCGUCAGAAGGGCCCCCAUCGCGAGUGGAAGGAUGAGGUAGAGUACCUCGACGGCAUCUUCCGCGAUGGAGCCGCCUACACGGUCGGCAAAGUCAACGGCGACCACUGGCUGCUAUACAUGACCCGCCCUGCCGACACAUCCGAACAGUCCCCUUCCUCUUCUCACAUCCUAUCCACCGACGAUACCCCAUCCGGUACUACGCUUCCGCCGGACGACACUCCGUCCUACGGCGUACCGGCUAUCGACUACACCAUAGAGAUUCUCAUGACACAUCUUGCGCCCGAGGCGAGCAACGCCUUCGUCUUUGGCGAGGAUGCCGACUCGGAAAUGCCACCCUCAGAGCGCGCUCAGGCCCUCUCGUCGUCUAUCGGCAUAUCUCAACUCUUCCCUGAACAUCUUUCUACACUCGACGCGUUCGCCUUCUCUCCAUGCGGGUACUCUUCGAACGCGCUUAUCAAGUGGACGGAACCCUCUCCAUCCGGAGAGCCGUCGUCGGGCGAUGGAUACUACACAAUCCAUGUGACGCCAGAGCACGGUUGGUCUUACGCCAGCUUUGAAUGCAACGUACCGCUUCCGACACGUCCCACGGAGCAGGCGGGGAGAAUACCAGACCUUCGCACGCUCGUCCGGCGAGUGGUUGACAUCUUCAAGCCGGGGAAGCUCUCUCUCACGCUCUUUAUCUCGAGCGAGGAGAACGAGGAAGCAGAGGAGGAAGGGGGCGAGACCGCUGUUGAAGCUGCACAACGUGCCUUCCGAGCGGCGUUAACGGCCAAGGGCGUGUCUCGCACAGACGGCCAGACCGGUGCUGGCGUUUACAAGCGCACAGACAAAAUCAACUACGAGUUCGGUGAUUAUGAUCUCGCGUUCGCUAGCUUUGAGCUUGCAUCUUGA